AACGAAACACUUCACCUUGACCUGGUGCCUCUUGUUUUCAGAAACGAGUAACUGGCCACCGAGUCGUGCCGGUAGAACUUUCGCAUCUGUGAUGGAGUAAAUGCCAGAAGGAACGGAAUUGUGGAGGAAAUGCCGCCGAAGCUCAGGAGGCAUGGCGCUGUACAACAACUCUGUCACCGCCUUCUACGACUUCCUGUUCACCGAUCUGGCAGACCCCCGUACCAACGAGUGGUUCCUCAUCAGGAGCCCGAUGCCCGGCCUGACCAUCUUGGGCGCGUACCUCUACUUCGUCCUGUCCUGGGGGCCUCGCUACAUGCGACACAGGAAGCCGUUCGACCUCACCAACUUGCUCGUCGUGUACAACAUGGCGCAGGUCUUCGUCAGCGUCUUCCUCUUCUGCGAGGGAUUAGACGCUUGUUGGCUGAGGAAGUACAGCUGGCGGUGUGAACCAGUGGACUUCUCUGACACACCAGAAGCAAUGCGGGUGGCACGAGGUGUGUACAUUUAUUUCCUGGCCAAGAUGUCGGAGCUCCUGGACACAGUGUUCUUUGUCUUACGGAAGAAAGACAAGCAGAUCACGUUCCUGCACAUGUAUCACCACACAGCAAUGCCGAUGGUCUCGUGGGGAUGCACCAAGUACUAUCCUGGGGGGCACGGUACCUUGAUCGGAGUCAUCAACUCAUUUGUUCACAUCAUCAUGUACUUCUAUUACAUGAUGUCUGCCAUGGGACCGCAGUACCACAAGUACCUGUGGUGGAAGAAAUACAUCACAACCCUGCAAAUGGGUCAGUUCUGCCUUACCUUCCUGCAUUCAUUGCAGCUGCUUUUCCACGACUGUGGGUAUCCACGCUGGUCACUUUUCUUGACUUUGCCCAAUGCCAUUUUUUUCUACUACCUCUUCAAUGAUUUCUAUUGCAAGGCGUACAACAUUGCCAAGAAGAAAGACGCGAAGCAGUUGUGAUAAGAUGGCUUCUUUGUAAAAGAGGAAUUAUAUUUGGACUUGUUGGAAAUAUCAAAUGUUCCAGGAAAUGGCUGUCUUCUGGGUUGUAGCACCGUGCAGUCUCAUUAGCCUGAUGAUGGAUGCAGCAAGCACUUUUGAAACGGUGGUAAACUUCUACCAGUGUACACGGUGUAACAACCUAGAAGACGGUCAUCUUCAUACUCGCCACCGUGAAAACCUCAACUCCUACAUCAGAUGUUCCAAAUAAAGUCUCAUGUAAUCAUUGCCAGAAACAAGUUAGUGUCGUGGGUGGAUGUAUGGAAAAUCUGACCAGACAUUUAAAAAUGAAGCAUCCAUCUGUGCUCAGGACUAGAUCAUCUUCACAUCCUGUUGAGGAAUACUUCUGUUUCUGUGCCAUCUCUCUCAGACACAAAUAACAGUUUGUUGUAAUCAGUGAAAACAAUUCUGUCAUAUCCAUGAAUACAGCGAAGCAACUCAACAUACGACUUGCAAAAAUUAUUCUUAAGGAAUAUAUUCUCAUCAGUAGAGUGCAGUAUUUCUGCAAAACCACGGCGUUCCAACAGUGAGACAAAAGGAUUCUCAACUGGAAAAAAGCUCUGGCAAUGCCUGCUAAUUUCUUGGGGCAGGCAGCCUAAAUCAGGAACGUCCGAGUAUGCCGAAACAUGCGUGAGCUUGCACACGUGAACCCACAGUUAUACCACAACAGAAACAAAAUGAAGAAACAGGCUCAGUGCCACCGGCUACCCAGCAUCACUCAUAAUAUUAGAGAUAUCUUAAGAAAAGCAGCAGGCAGUCUUUAAAAAGGUAAAAUGAAAAAUGCAUUUCAAAUAACUAACUUUAAUUGCUUCUUACUUUCAAAUACGUUUUGAUAUUUUUGAACACAUUUAUAGGAAAAAUUAAUUGUACAAAACUGACAUGCUCUAUUUCUAACUUUUCAAUACCAUAAGAAUCCUUUUAACCUUUUCCAUCUAUUUAUUUUUACAAGUAGUUUUGUGUAAGGCUCAUGUCCCAUGAGGUAGAGCGUAGGAGCAGAAAGGAUUAAGGGCUCCAGUGAUGCUCCAAGAACCCAAAAGGUUUUGUCAUUCAAAUAGUUUGGGAAAGUAGACUGUAGUGGAAGAUAGUUUCAUGCAUUAAUCACUGUUAUCUCUCCACCAUGCAGCAGUUCUAGUGUACUUGGCCUUCAGAAAACUACAGUAGUCUCAGUAAAAAAUAUGAAGAACAUUCCAUCAGCUCGCAUAACAACUGACAGUUGAACUUCAGUUAAUAAUGACCACUUUGCUUCAGUCGCAGCUCAUUAUAUUAACAAAAACUUCGUGGUGAGUUCUACUUUUCUUGGCUGCAUUAAUUUUUGAGAUAAGCAGAAUGCCAAAAGUGUAUCUGCUCAGAAAUUCUGAUUCCCUAAUGUGGUGGAGGAAAAGACAAAAAAUUGUACCCAAGACUCAUUGAGCUUGUAAAGAAACAUUUGUGCAUCAUUCAACAUUCAUGCUUUAUGAAUAAAUUUUUCAAAUGCA